AUGCUGAGACCAGUAACCAGUGACAGUGUGACCAGUAACCUUCGUACUGGAAACAAGCGCUCUUUCGCUUCACCCACUCAGACAUCCUCAUCCCUUGCAUCUACAAUUAAUAAAAUUUCCUCUUCUUCUCUGACCAUGUCAGAGAAUUUCCAAAAUCCACCUUUACUUGGAACUUCAAAGUCUCUGCAGCUCUCUCUUCCUGUGGGGAGCACUGCAGCCUCCCUCACAGGACGAGUCUGCAGUUUCCCCAGAGUCUCUGCUCCAGCCGUCACAUCAGCAUGGCUCCUACCAUCAGUCUCUGGCACCUCUUUCCAACCUCUCAUGGGUAGUGCCUACCUUUACCAACAUUCUAGCACAACUAUGUUGUCUGGAGUUACUGGCCAGAGCCAGAUCUCCACUCCAGCUGCUUCCAAUCCUGGUAUUUUUGAGUGGGCGCUCACAGGAGGCACUGGAAAGAAGUCCUCAUCCAUCCGAGACUUCACGGUGACUGUCAUUGACCAGGACACAGCUGUUUCUUCCAUGUCGAUGGCAUCCCAGUACAAUAAAACCUCAGAUGCCACUAACAUGGUCCCUCUGUAUCCAUCACUUUCUGCCAGCCUUGUUCAUGGGGCAUCAUCUCAGAUUCCAAAUCAGGGACAGAGCUGGUCACUUCCCUACCAGGAUGGAAGUCAGCUCUAUUUUUACAAUCAAGGCACACUAGGGCCUCUGCUCUCUGCAGAACGUGGCCCCUACCUGCAAUCCUAUGGCUCUGUGUCUUACCCAGAGAGCAGGGCCUCUGCCCCUCAACCAGAAAUGGUCAUGGUGCUAAGGGAGGUCCAGCCCACAAAUGUGAUACCACCUGCCUCCACCUCUGCAAUCUACUACUCUGUGCCUGCUCAACCCAUCACAGAGACAAGUUUUCAAGUGAUGGAGACUUCCCUUGGAUUGCAACCUCUAAGCCAAACAUUUUGUCCAUCACAAAACCCAGAAAUCCCCAAGUCUUGUAGUGGCAUCAAUAUCCAGAUACUUGACAGCAACCCACCACCUGAACUUGGGGACAUUUCAAUGGCAGCUCCGGUCCACAGUCCUAGUAUUUACCUGGCACUGCCUCCAGCUCCAAGCCAGGAACAGAAAGGGAAUAGGAAUUUGGAGGACAUGAAAACCGUGCUUUCAAAGCCUCUGGAUGCUUACCAGAUCCCAACAGAAAACCAAGAGCCUCCACUGCUCCCUUUAGAAAUCCCCGACAUUCCCCAGCUCCUGGCCUGCUUUGAUCCCCUUGGCUAGGAGGAGCAGCCUGGUUGGGAAAACACUGGUCUGGGAAAGAACAGCCUGAGUCUUAAGGACCAAGGGACACUUGAAAAUGGGACUGAAUCCAAUGAUGGCUUUGCAGACAUCGCCACACUGGUGGAGGAUAUUCAGCUUCCAGUGGUCCUAAAUGCCUUGGAUGAACUUGAUCAAUCCAAAGGUCCCAAGGUAUUCCAAACCAAAGAUACCAGAGCCAUCAAUUUGAACAAGGUGCAGAAAACAAGUGUCAUUAAUGCUCCCUCUGAUCAAGACAGGAAGAACCUAGUCAAAAUCCAGCCUGAGAAUCCAGAUGGCAUGUUGGUGGGAGAAGUGGCUGUUUCCAAUGCUGCAGCCAGUGACAGGGCUCCUGAAAACAGGGCCAAGAAUUCUAACAAACCUCAGAAAGCAGGGCCAAGAAUUCUAACAAACCUCAGAAAGCUGCCCCCAACAGGACCAGCAAAACCAAGAGAGAAAACAACCCCAAGAAAAAGAACCAGAGAAAACAACCCCAAGAAAACUGGAGAGAGUAAGCAGUCAGGGAACAAAGUCAAGGCAGAGGAGAAGCCAAACAUUCCAAAGAUGAAGCGGAAGAAAUACCACCCUGAGCUGACCCAAGAGACCUUCAAAAAGCCCCGGAGCUCCCUGGGUAUGCAUAUGCUGGAGUCUGUGCAGGUUUUUCAUGCCCUGGGGAAGAAGAGUGAUAAGAAAACUGAACUCUCUUCCUCCCGGGCCCUGGGACACUCAAGCAACCCCAAAGGCCCCCAGCCAUCCCUAGCUAUCAGACAAUGGCUGGAGACCCGCCGUGAGGGCAAAGGUCCUGAGAAAGCUCCAGUCAAACGCCAGAAACCAGAUGGCAGUGCUGAAAAGGAGUGUUCAUCUCCAUCUGAGUACGAGCUGCCACCACCUGGGAAGGUCAAGUUGGUACCUUUGAUUUUUCCAACUUUGGACAAGCCCCAAGCUCGACCUGUUCCUCGCAGGCCACUGUCUCUGGCAUCACGUCAGCCCGCCGGGGCUAACCGUGCCCAGCCUGGUUCUAAGUCAGCUCAACCUACUGCAGUCAAUUCAUCUCAGCCAACAUCUGCAUCUAUGAUGGGUCCUGCCAGACCAGCUCUGCCAAUUUCAACCAAUCCUGAUCAGCCUGGUUCUAACUCAGCUCAACAUGCUGCAGUCAAUUCAUCCCAGCCAACAUCUGCAUCUAUGAUGGGUCCUGCCAGACCAGCUCAGCCAGUUUUGAUGAACCCAGUCCAACCAGAUUUGACCAACUCUGUUGAGCCUGGUUCUAAUUCAGCUCAACUUACUGCAGUGAAUUCAUCCCAGCCAACUCCUGCAUCUUUGACAGGUCCUGCUAAACCUAUUUCAACCAAUGCAGUCCGACCAGGUUGGACCAACCCUACCCAGCCUAGUGUCCCUCAGUGUGAUGCUUCUAGACCUGUGCCCUACAAAACAUCAACUUGCACUUCUUUCCAGCGGGAGCCAGUUCGCACUACGGUGAACAAGCCCUGGACCCCACCCAAACCUCAAAACCAAUGGCUUCUCCAGGAUUUUGCCUGUCAGAGAAUUCCAUGGAGGAAACCUGAUAUUUCUGGGCCAGUAAUGUCAACGCCCAUCACAAAGGAGCAGAGGCCAGAGAGGGAGGCUAUGAAGAGGAAAGCUCAACUUGAGCGGGAGAAUGCUGCCAAAUUCACCUCGCUGGGGAAAGUGCAAUAUUUCAUCGAGAGAGAAAAAGAAAUGGACAUUUCUCGAUACUAUGGCUAUGCAAAAUAAGAGGUGCCUGGAGUGUUGGUGCCUCACUGGAUACCUACUGUUUUCCCAUAGAUAGAUAUAAAUUUCUCUAUUCUGGUAUAUUUUAAAUCUUAACAAAAUUGAAUAAGUAAAUGUAGUGGAAUUCAUAGAUGAGUAAUAAAGAAGCCUUUUGAGUUUUGAGAUGCUGUUAACUGUGGCUUUCUUUGGUGGGGGUGUGGAUCAAAGGCUGCAUGAGAACAAAAGAAUUGGUAGUUGGAUGGGCAAAUGAGGGACAAGGGGUAAGAACUGAGGAAAUAGAAAGAACUUUGUCUAUGGCCAUAAAGGCUAAAAGGGGAGAGAUGGAUUUAUAAAAAGGAGCAGGAGGUGGUGGGAUGGCAGAAGUGAGAUGCAGGGUCUGGGGUUAGGGUUAAAAAGAUAAAAUCUGAAUAGAGUUGAAAAUGGCGGAUGAGUCUAGAUUGAUCAGGAGAAAUAGAAAAAGUCUCUCGUGGAGGCCGGUCUUAGGUCUCAUGCCCACCAGAUAAGUAUUUUAGAAAACACAUAGUUGGGACAUUUCCCAAAGGUUUGGGUUGCCUUUUCCAUGUCUGAUUGUAGUUAGGGAAGGUGAGGACAAA